GCUCAACGGAUAUGCGAAAGACUGCGCGUGGUAAGUAAGCCGGAUCUCGUUCGUCUAUCAUCACCUGCUGUAGUUUGUAAACCUUCAUUUUCGGUCCUGCAAUUAUCCCGUCUACGGCAUACCCUCUGCGCCGCCGCGCCGCAGUCUUGCGCGCUUUGCGAUAAACAUCAUGUGGUCGACUUCUCUAAUCCUCUCAGCAUCGUUAUUGUUCGCGGCCACAAAUGCGCAAUGCUUCUACCCCGAUGGCUCGCCGUACCAAGGAGGUGUGAUAUGCGACAUAACUCAGAGUGACGGUCAAUCAUCCUGCUGCGGCAUCGAAGACGAGUGCACCACCAAUGGCUUUUGCAAAUGGCAGGGCUUCCGAGCCAACAACAUACUCUCGGUGGUAGGAUGUACCGACCGAGACUGGCGAUCACCGCACUGCGCGCAAUUUUGCACAAAGAACUCUGGCCAAAAGAAUUCCGGAAAUCAAUUCGUCUUCGCCUGUUCCCAAACAACCUAUUGCUGCUCGCAAUACCCCGGCGUGCUCCCUGGUGGUUAUUCCGACCGGCCCUCGAAUUACUCAUGCUGCAACGACCCGAGUCUGGUAUUCGACGCCGGGCCAGCUAAUUAUCUAGCCUUGCGCCACGAUUUCACGACCUCUACAUUCACAGCCACAGCAACCGGCCUCUCGACCAGUACCGCUUCAUCUGGAGGUAGUAUCACGAGCGCGCCGACAGGGGCUUCAGCCGCUUCCAGCGGAUCGAACACGGCGACAACCUCGGCCAGCUCAUCUUCCGAGCUGUCCGCAGGCGCCAAAGCGGGCAUUGGCAUCGGCGCCGCGCUCGUCGGCGUCAUCGCCAUUGCGCUGGCCGCGUGGCUGACGCUCAGUCAUCGACGGCAGAAGUCUACGCCGCUGCUGGCACAGGAGGAGCAGAAGGCGUCGGUCCCGGACGAGAAACCAGCAUGGCAAGGACAGAAUUCCAAUGUGACGGGAUUGGGGUACAGCCACGAGAUGGGACACGGUUCGGGGAUGCAUGAGAUGGGACUUGACUCGGGCGUGGUUCGGAGUGAGCUGAGUGAGACCGGGAGGAGAGAAUUACCUUGAUGAAAACGGACAUGGGAAAAGAGAUGCGUGCAUGGACGUAUCUCGUAACAUGCAAAGGAGGCGCGGCGAUCGAGCGACAAUGAGAUGAGGAUCACUUGACGAUGGACUCAGAUGUUGAGACGAAAUGCUGUAAUCUUUGGCUGUACAUGUCCAUGUUCUAGCAAUAUUUUGUGAACAAGUACUCUCAAGCGCGCGCUCUUCGAAAUUUUGACUCUCACUACAGGAAGCAAAAGGGCCAACGUAGACAGUUUUCCCACAACACAUACCCAUUCACACCCCGACACAGCCCGGUGGUCUUCGAAGAUGGGACAGAGCCCACUCCACCGUGCGAAAGACAGAACGAGUUUAUGUUUCAACAUGCCUAUAUAGCGCGCAAUUCCCGCCGCCUAGCGUGCUUCGGGAU